UCCGUGACGCAAUUCCUUGUGACGAGCCUCUGCGUGACGUGAUGGGCGGGCGGAUUUGAAUUUGAGCGAGGAGGAGGGAGGUGGCGGUGCUGCUGCAGGAGAAAAUCCAGUAUUUCUGGAAACUCCAUCACACUGUUUGAUCCAAUGUCCAGUUCUACUUGCUUACUCUGAUCCUUCAGAAAAUCAUUGUGGAGUUUAAAAAGACAAAAACUCUUAGAUCCUGAAUUUUCUCAUACUGAGGGAUUGUGAUUUACAAUUCAGUCACAAUGAGACGAAGCUCAAAGAUCACUAGAAGCAGCGGUCGGCAAUCUCUGAUGGCACUGAGAGUGCAGGACAACAAUAAAAUGGGUCUUCAAACACCUCAGAUGAUGGAAAAAGGUAUGUUUGGGAAGCUGAGCAUGAGCAAACCUACACCUGCAACGUCAGAAAGAAAAAUCAGCAUUUUUGGGAAGAGAGCUAGCACGACUGGAGGCUCACGCAACAGUCAGUAUGGUGUGUUUGGUACAGAAAAGAUAAAGGAUCCCAGGCCACUCCAAGAAAAGGCGUUCAUCCAGCAAUGUAUCAAGCAGCUUUGUGAGUUCCUGGUUGAGAAUGCUUAUGCCCAUAAUGUUUCCAUGAAAUCACUACAGUCUCCAUCGGUUAAGGACUUUCUAAAAAUCUUCACUUUUAUCUAUGGGUUUCUCUGCCCUUCUUAUGAACUGCCUGACUCAAAAUUUGAAGAGGAGAUUCCCAAAAUUUUCAAAGAGCUUGGGUACCCCUUUCCGCUGUCAAAAAGUUCCCUGUACACAGUAGGAGCACCACAUACCUGGCCUCAGAUAGUGACAGCUUUGGUUUGGUUAAUUGAUUGUGUCAAGCUGUACACUGCCAUGAGGGAAAAUGCACCGUCAUUUGAGGAGGGACAGAGCUGGGGAGGAGAGACAGAUGAUGGAAUUGUACAUAAUAAGCUUUUCAUGGACUAUGCUGUGAAGUGCUAUGAGCUUUUCAUGAAAGGGAGAGAUACUUUUGAAGAAUUGGAUGCAGAAGUGCAGUCAAAAUUAAAGGAUUUAUUUAAUAUAGAUGAAUUCCAGAUAGAAAGUUUAGCAGCUGACAACAAAAGACUUCAGGAAGAGAUUGCAAGACUAGAAAAAGAAAAGGAAAGUGAGCCGGAUCGUAGAGUAACACUACGAAAUGUGAAAUCGUCACUUCAAGCAGAUGUCCAGAAAUACCAGGCUUACUUGGCUAAUCUGGAAUCUCAUAUAGCCAUCCUUGAUCAAAAAAUGGAAAGUGUUACUGACGAAGUUGAGUCAGCAAAAUUGGAAGUAGAAGCAAUGAAGCAGGAGAAUGCCCGGCUCCAGCACAUCUUUGACAACCAGAAGUACUCAGUUGCGGACAUUGAGAGAAUAAACCAUGAGAGAAAUGAGUUGCAGCAAACCAUUAAAAAGCUGACUAAGGAAGUGGAAGCAGAAGAACAUCAGCUGUGGAAUGAAGAGCUGAAAUACGCUAGGAAUAAAGAGGCGAUUGAAAUACAGCUGGCAGAAUAUCAUAAAUUGGCUCGAAAGCUGAAAUUAAUUCCAGUAAGUGCUGAGAAUUCCAAAGGCCGUGACUUUGAGAUUCAGUUUAAUCCUGAGGAAGGACCAAACUGCCUAGCCAAAUACAGAGCCCAGAUCAAGGCUCCCCUUAUGGAGAUCAUAAACCAGACAGAGGAAGAUAUUAGGAAAGCUACUGAACGGAAAAUGUCUUUGGAAGAUACUUUCGAACAGGUGAAUGCAAUGGUAGCGGAUGCGAAAAGCAGUGUUAAAAUGCUGACAGAAGAAGCUGAAAAGCUGGAUGAUCUUUACCAUCAGAAGCUUAAGGAAGUAGAAGAGGAAGAGCAAAAAUGUGCAAAUGAACUGGAAUUGUUAAAGAAGCAUAAACAAUUACUCGAGAGUGGUGUCAAUGAAGGUCUCAGUGAAGCCACAAAUGAAUUGCAUGAUCUCCAGCGACAAUAUCAAGUUGUUGUGCAAACAACAACGGAAGAGAGCAGAAAAGCUGGUGACAACUUGAGUCGUCUUUUAGAAGUGAUUGGUACUCAUGUAGUAUCUGUAGGGAAAUACCUUGAUGAACAGAAUAUGAAAAUUGAGAGAGAUUAUGAAGAAUUCAUGUCAGAAGAUCUAUUGUCAGAUUUGAACAGAAUUCUAGACAGUUAUAAAAAGAAGGCUGAAAGUCUGUAAUUACUAAAAAUGUGAAGAUGAAAAUUUUGCAUUUCUGAAUGGUAUGGGGCCUUCUAAAAGGAGGGUACUUCUGGUGUUUAGCAGUGAAACUGGUUUUAAGUUUAAGGAAGUAUUUAUGAACUUCCUUUGUUUUGUUGACACAAGUGCAUUGAAAAAUUUAAAAAAAAAUUGCAUUUUCUUACAAAGGCUUUGCUUACACUUCCCACUUACAAUAUCUUAUAUAUGCUUACAAAGAUCUGUGACAGAACGAGUGUGGAACAACUGCAUUUUGGGUUUUUUUUACAAACAAAUAAUUUUCUAGGAAUAUCAGUACAGCAGAAGUAGAGCUAACCUGUUAAAAUAACAAAGGCAGAGUGGAAUUAAGAUGGAACCACAAGUGAUAGGACAAAUGCAGAGAGUACUGACAACUUGAAAUACUGCUACUCAAAAAUAACUAGUGGGUUUUGUAAAUGUACAAGGUUGUUAAUUGAUAAGUUAUGCUUUCCCUUCUAGAGUAUAGAUUGUGCAUUUCAUUCUAUAUGCAUUUAGGGCACAUACAUGACCAUAGUACUUGUACAGGAGUCUUGUAAAUAGUCUGGAAAAAAAAAAGAAUAGUCUGAAAACAAAGUUCUCUCUCUAGGUGCUUAUGAUCCCAGAUAAAACUACAUUGAACUUGUUGAAAAUAUAUGCCAGAGACAGCUCUAAGCAGGACAACACAGGAAUUCUGGCUGUAUGUCUAAUUAGUUGUAGGUUUGGUUGAUGUUAGAUAUGACAAAAUGGUCUAAAAUGUGUCUGCAUUCUGUUUUUCAGCCAGUAGAACAGACUCUAUUUGAUUUUAAUUCCCCAGGAAAGUAGCAGUAAAAUUAGAGUAUGGGGACCUCCAGUCCAAAAACAUAGGAGAAAAUGUAUCAGAGGAAUGCUAUGUGGAAGUAAUAUUCUAUAAUCUACUUUGAAUAUCAUUUUGUGUUAGGAAAAAUAAAAAAAUAAACCCCAGUAUUCGUGUCUUGGAUAGUUUAGUUUUUGAUGGUAUUUCCUAAUAAAAGUAUUGAAAUAUUUGAGUGUUGUUUUUAGAGUUCAGAGAUAAAUAUCACUGAUUCAAAUCUACAAAGUUUAAAACAACUUUGCAGUUGUUCAAAAGCUGUUAGCAGCAGAUAGAUAAAGGAAGUUGCUUCUUAAUUCUAUAAUUGGGCACAAUAUUUGAAUGAAACACAGAUCCCUAGGAUACAUGGCAACCUAAUUUGGACCAUCUGAACACAGACUGCAAAUAAAAACUGAAUUGUCUCUAAUUCUAGGCUAUUUUUGCAGAAUGCAUUUUAAAUUCAGUUGUCCUUAACAUAGCGUGAGAAUCUUCUGGUUCUGGUUAUGAGUAUUUUGUUUCAGAUAUUAUGAUAAUUAUGGCAUUAUUUAAGCUUCUGAUUUCCUGUUUGUGAUACUCCAGAAGUUUAAUUUGACAGCUUAAAAAGUUUUCUGGCAGGUGGGUAGAUUUACUGCUUUCUUCUGUUGUCCUCUUUUUCCUUUUACCUUUACAAAGUCUUGGAGUUUGGGGUUUUUUUCUGGUAACAGCCUAGUCCUUGCUGAAUCUCAGUUCCUUCUCUUUAGAAACGUUUUGCUUUUGUGAUCUUACUAAUACUUUUGCUAUCUAAAACAUUACUCCUCUUAUUAAGAAAAACUGUAAACCACACCAUACAAAAGGGGUUAUGCUCUCACUUGGCUGCCUGAUACCUGUUUGUCUCUGCUUCUGUAACUGACUGAUCUUGUGUUUAUGAGCCAUCUGCAAGUUCCUUGCCAUGUGGAGUAGUCAGUUGACUGAGUAAUUGAAAGCAAAAUAAAUGGCAUUUCCAAGGACUAGAAUUAACGCAGUGGUAAUGGGGUAAAGAAUUGAGGUCACAACAACCUUCCUUCAUGUACUCGCUACUGUAAUAUUCUGAAAUUAAAGUAGCCUGAGUGUUUAAAAAAAUGCAUAUUUGUAAGGUUGGCAACAUGUUUUUGUUAUUGGGCUGAACUAUUGGUCUGCACAUCAGUUAAGCUAAAUUGACUUUGGAACUGGCUGAGGUUCAGUAAAAUACUAUGUAAUAUAACAGGGGAACAUGGGCCAACGUUUACUAGGUAAUGUUUUCAGAAUUUAAAAAUGGGAAUUUUUUAAUUCCUCUUGAACAUGGCUCCUUUGUGAUAUUGAAAGUAAGGUAGUUAUUUUUUGUAUUCUGGAAUAUGGUUUUUAAAUUUAGACAACAGGCCUUAGAACAUAACUACUGCUUUUGCUUUUGUUUCUGUUUUUAUCAGAAUGUAAAGUCUUAAUCAGAAUGUACCAUGGCACCUGCACAUUUCAGUAGUAUGAGUCAUUUGUAAAUUUUUGCUUUUGUAUGGAUACAGUUGCCUCAUUUAUUUCAAGUGUACCUUUUGUACAGUUUACUUAGCGUGUCUUAAGUUUAUGUAUUUUUAUAUUCAAUAAAAUUCCUUAAGCCUGUU